AUGGCUACUCUAGAUGCUGAUACAAGCCAGCUGUCCGAAUCACAGCAGGCAGCCUUACAACAAUUACUGGCAGUAACUGGUCAAGAAGUUGAUCAAGCUGUACCUUUACUACAGAGAUCACAAUGGAGCGUUGAGAUCGCAAUCGCAAAGUUCUUUGAUGGCGAAGAUGAUUCUUUAACGGCAGCAGGUCUAGCAGCUCAAAAUGUUCCACCUCCUCGAGCUUCAAGACAAGAAAACCUUCAAUAUAGUCUCCUUAAUGAAUCCUCCAAUCGAUCGAGAGUGCGAAAUGUGGACUCGGCCCCAAGGAUUGUUCCUCAACCAGAAGAUCAAAUAAUUCGACGACCAAAUCUCAUUUUCGCUAUACUAUUCGCGCCAUUCAGUGUACUUUACAAAAUUUUCUCUAUGGGAUAUAGAGCUUUCGCAUUUUUAUUUCCUUUCCUACCACGGUUCCGACCUACCGGCGCAUCAAAUACAAUGGGAAGGAGAUCACUUAAACCCAGAGAUACAGCAACACGUACCAAGCGCGAAUUUGAGGAAGAAUAUGGACCGAAUAAUUUACCAUUUUUCGAUGGAGGUUAUGCACAGGCUUUGGACCUUGCAAAAAAAGAUCUCAAAUUCCUCAUCGUUCAUUUAAUGUCUCCGGAACAUGAUGACACAUCUGAUUUCGUUCGUCAAACCUUACUUUCCGAAGAAGUCACCACAUUCCUUGGGGAUAAAACUAACAAUAUAAUAUUCUGGGUUGGAGAUGUUCGAGAUUCAGAAGCAUAUCAAGUCUCUUCCGCUUUACGAUGUACCAAGUUUCCAUUCACAGCCUUAAUUACCCACACACCCGAUCAAGGAGCUACAUCAAUGUCAGUCAUUGCCAGAAUAUCCGGAUCAGAAUCACCUGGGGCAUUUGUUGCCAAAUUACAAAGUGCAAUAGGACAACAUUCGGAAAAAUUAGCUGCAGUUCGUGCACAACGUUCAGCACAAAAUUUCGAGCGUACAUUAAGAGAAGAGCAAGAUUCUGCUUAUGAGCAAUCUUUAGCACAAGAUAGAGAACGUGCUAGGCAAAGAAGGGAAGCUGAAGCAGCUGCUGCAGCAGAAGAAAAGAGAAAGAAGGAUGAAGAAGAAGCAGCUGCUAAAUUGGCAGAAAGUCGAAAACAUUGGAAACAAUGGAGAGUACAAACUAUCAAACCAGAACCUGAGCCUGGAACCAAUAUCGUACGAGUCGCAUUAAGAAUGCCAGAAGGUGUUAGGAUUACGCGACGUUUCGAAGCCAAUUCCGAAAUUGAAGAACUUUAUGCAUUUGUAGAAUGUUAUGAUUUACUUCAAGAUGGCAAGGAAUAUAGUAGGCAAAAGCCGGAAGGAUAUGAACAUAAAUUUGAUUUCAGAUUAGUUCAAAGUAUACCGAGAGUGGUAUAUGAAGUUGGAGAAGGAGGAACAAUUGGGGAAAGAGUUGGCAAGAGUGCAAACUUGAUUGUUGAAUCUAUUGAUGAUGAUGACGAUGAUGAUGAUGUUAAUGAGUAA